AUGACCGCCGCGGGGCGUCCGCGCGGUGCGCGUCGCGUCACCGCGAGCGCGGUCGCGGACGCGGACGACAGCGACCGGUACAAGAUGCCCCCACCCGAUGUCGCGCAGUUCGUAGAACGGCCGCAGAGCCCGGGCCUGAGCUUGAGCCCGGACCGAUCGUCGCUGCUGUACUCGUUUCGCCCCCCGCCGUACCCUUUCGUCUCCGAGCUCGCGCGACCGGAGCUGAAGCUCGCGGGCCUUCGCAUCGACGAGACGCAGAACAGCCGCUCGAGGAUGUCCGGGCAGACCGGCAUCGCGCUCGGGCCGAUCCCCGCGACCGAGGACGAGAUAAACGCGUUUCAGGACUUCAAAGGCGUCCCCCCGGGCGCGACGUUGAACUACGUGUCGUGGUCCACGGAUGCCAAGUCGAUCGCGUUCACCGUGCGGUUCGCGGGUCCGGACGUCCCCGACGAAGACCGCGCGCCUCCGGAGCUGUGGGUCGCGGACGUAGAGACGAAGCAGUGCCGCGCGCUGUUACCCGGCCGCGGGCUGAACACGCUGUUCGAGAGUUAUUCCUGGCUCGACCCGGACACGAUCGUCGCUUGCGUCGUCCCAGAAGGAAGGGGAGGGAGGCCGCAGAAGCCGCCGACGCCGCGCGGUCCGAGGGUGCAGUCGAACACCAGCGGGAAUGUCGCGCAGGCGAGAACGUACGCGGACCUCCUCAAGGACGCGCACGACGCGGACCUGUUCGAAUACUUUUGCACGUCCGAGUUCGUGAAAGUCACCGUCGGCACGGGAGAGGCGACGCCGUUCACGAGCGAGAGCGCGAUUUACACGAGGUGCGAACCGUCUCCGGACGGGGAGUACGUGAUCAUCUCCUCUGUUGAGCGUCCGUUCUCGUACGAGGUCCCGUGCGGACGAUUCCCGAAGCGGACGUGGAUCGUAAACCGCGCGGGGAAGACCGUUCGCGAGGUGUGCGCGUUGCCGCUCGCAGAUAAAAUACCGAUCGUGCACAACUCCGUGCGCGAGGGCCCGAGAGCCAUCAACUGGCGCCCGGACAAGCCCGCGGAGCUGUACUGGACGGAAGCGCAAGACGGGGGAGAUCCGCGGAUAGACGCAUCUCCGAGGGACAUCACGUACACGGCAGACAUGCACGAAGACGCGAACGCCGCGGGGGUGCCGACGUUUCAGACGGAUUUGCGCUACGGCGGAGUAUCCUGGGGCGCGGACGGGCUCGGUCUGCUGUACGAGUCGUGGUACAAGACCCGCACGCUGCGCGCGUGGGUCGUGGACACGUUCAAGCGUCCGAACCGCGCGCCGAGGCUGUUGUUCGAUCGCAACUACGAGGACUCGUACGACGAUCCGGGCUCGCCGAUGACGCGACGGAUGCCGAACGGAGCGUACUUGCUCGCGCAGAUGACCGGCCCGCUCCCCACGGACGGGUGGAAGCCCGCGGAGUUCAAGGAGUGGGAGACGGGGGUGACGCUCAUCUUCUCCGGCGAGGGCGCGAGCGACACUGGGGACAAGCCGUUCUUGGACCUCUACAACGUAGACACGGGGGCGACGCGACGACUGUGGCAGUGCCGGGGCGAGGGUGCGCUCGAGCGCCCUGGGUCGAUCAUCAGCGACGCCGGCGGCGUGGAGAUCACUCUAGACACGCUGAAGAUUCUGCUCUCGAGAGAGACCCCGAGCGAGAACCCGCAGUACUACUCCUUAGAGCUCGGCGCCAGCGGUGACGCGCUCACGACGAGACGCAUCACCGAUUUUCCGCAUCCGCACCCCGCGCUCGUCGAUCCUCCGAAACAGAUCUUACGGUACAAGCGCGCGGAUGGCGUGGAUUUAAACGCGACGCUGUACACCCCGCCCGGGUACGACGCGGCGCGCGACGGUCCUCUGCCGACGAUCAUGUGGGCGUACCCGCGAGAAUUCAACAGCGCGGAGGCUGCGGGUCAGCUGAGAGACUCACCGAACCGGUUCACGUCGAUCUCUCCGAUGUCCCCGCUCGUGUGGCUCGCGCGCGGGUACGCGAUCUUAGACGGUCCAUCGCUGCCGAUCAUCGGCGCCGCGGCAGACGGCGUGGAACCGAACGACACGUACAUCGAACAGCUCGUCGCGGGCGCGCGAGCGGCGGUCGACGCGUGUGUCGAGAAGGGCGUCACGGACCCGAGACGGAUCGCUGUGGGCGGCCAUAGUUAUGGAGCGUUCAUGGCCGCCAACUUGCUCGCGCACGCGCCGGAUCUCUUCGCCUGCGCGGUCGCUCGAUCGGGAGCUUACAACCGCACGCUCACGCCGUUCGGGUUCCAAGCCGAGGAACGGACGCUGUGGCAAGCGCCGGAGACGUACAUGGCCAUGAGCCCGUUCAUGUUCGCGCACAAGGUCAAAAAGCCUAUUUUAUUGAUUCACGGGGAAGAGGACACGAACAGCGGGACGAACGUCAUUCAGACCGAGCGGUUCUUCGCGGCGCUCAAGGGUAACGGCGCGGAGGUGAAGAUGGUAUUACUCCCGCACGAAUCGCACGGCACGCGAGGGUUCGAGUCUGUCUGUCACACGCUCGCGGAGACGAGCGAUUGGUUAGACGCUCACACGUCGGUUUCGGCGGUCGAAGCGGCGGCGGAGAAAGACAAGAAAGAGGCAGAGUUGGCGGCGAAACUGUAG